AUGGAUCGUAGUUGGAUGCAAAAAAAUCGCCUAUCCGAGGAGUAUAAGAAAGGAGUGUUAGAGUUUUUGAAAUUUGCUGAAACUAAUCUUCCUGAAAGUAAUGGAAGAUUUCACUGUCCUUGUGCUAAGUGUGUAAAUAUUGCACCUUUAGAGGCUCACAUCGUAUGGGAACACUUAGGAGUUAACGGGAUUUGUCAAAAUUAUACAAAGUGGAUAUGGCAUGGUGAAUUGUCUGACGCGCCAAAGGCCUCUCCUAAAGAAGAGUUUGAUGUAGAGAUGGGUGAUCGUCUAGAAGAUAUGAUCCGUGAUAUUGGACAAGACUCUUUUCAACGGGCAAAUAUACAUGAUACUCUUUGCAAUGACAGUAAAAUCCCUUUGUAUCCAAAUUGUAAAAACUUCACACGACUGUCGGCUGUGCUAAGAUUGUUCAAUUUGAAGGCGAUUAAUAGUUGGACAGAUAAAAGCUUCACACAAUUGUUAGAGUUGUUGAAGGAAAUGUUACCGGAAGAAAACAUGUUGCCGAACCGGGCCUAUGAGGCAAAAAAGAUAUUAUGUCCAAUGGGUAUAGAAUAUAAGAAAAUACACGCAUGCCCUAAUGACUGCAUAUUGUAUUGGAAAGAUAAUGAAGAGAAAGAAAAAUGUCCCAAGUGCAUGACAUCACGCUAUAAGAAGAAGAGUGAUGAUGAAGGUUGUGAUGUGACCACAAAGGGUCCUCCAGCAAAGGUGUUAUGGUACCUUCCAAUUAUUCCAAGGUUUAAGCGAUUGUUUGGUAAUUUAAAUGAUGCGAAGAAUAUUAGAUGGCAUGCAGAAGAAAGGAAGUGUGAUGGAAAAAUUCGGCAUCCAGCCGACUCUUUGCAAUGGAAGAAGGUUGAUACUUUAUUUCCAGACUUUGGCAUUGAACCAAGAAACCUUAGGCUUGGACUUUCUACUGAUGGAAUGAAUCCAUAUGGUAGUUUAAGUAGUAACCAUAGUUCAUGGCCCGUUCUCUUGAUUAUCUAUAAUUUAUCUCCUUGGUUGUGCAUGAAGAGGAAACAUGUUAUGUUAUCUAUGAUGAUUUCUGGACCAAAACAACCAGGAAAUGACAUAGAUGUUUAUCUAAGCCCGUUGAUUGAUGACUUAAGAAAGUUGUGGGAUGAAGGAAUUGAUGUAUUUGAUAGUUUUUCAAAUGAAACUUUCAAAUUGCGGGCUAUGUUAUUUUGCACCAUCAAUGACUUUCCAGCUUAUGGUAACUUGUCUGGUUAUAAAGUUAAGGGGCAUAAAGCAUGCCCUAUAUGUGAAAAAGAUACAUGCUACCAUCAAUUAGAGAAAGAAAAAAAGACUGUUUACCUUGGACACCGAAGAUUUCUUAAUCAUAAUCACCCAUAUCGAAGAUUGAAAAAGGCUUUUAAUGGAUAUCAGGAGUAUAAAGUUGCCCCAAAGGCCUUAACUGGAGAAGAAGUCUAUCAUCGGAAUUUCAACAAACUAUUUGGGUUUCUCGAUCCAAAUAGGAUACUAGUUCACACAAAACCGGCCGAAGUUAUUCAAACAUACAUACAAAAUAAGUUGGAUGGAGAGCCAAAAAAAUGUUAUUUAGGACCAUUGCUAAAUAGCAAUCACUGGCAAUUGUUUGUCAUUUGUCCUGAAGAUAAUAUUAUUUUUUGGUUUUGUUCAUUAAACAGAUCUCCUAAGAAAAAUAUUAAGGUCAUAUUGGAGGGAGCUCUAGAAGGUUAUCAUUUAUUAAGAGGUAUUAAGAAGAAGAAGCCUAAUUGGAAGAAUAUUAUGGGGCAUCAACAAGAUAACGGAUGGGCAUGUGGAUAUUAUGUCAUGAAAAAUAUGUUUGACAUUAUUGAUGCUUGUAUUGUUGAAAGAUUCAAUGAGAUAUUCACAGACACCUCAUCAUAUGAAAAAGAGUCAAUUGAUCACAUCCGACAACUUUGGGCUCAAUUCUUUUUGCAAAAGGUUGAAGAGCAAGAGAACCAGGAAAAGAAAGAUUUAAUGACAAAACAGAAGCGAUUAAAAAAAACUUAUAUAUAG